AUGAAUGUACACAAGCGAUGCGAGGAAAGUGUACCGAAUCUUUGUGGAUGCGAUCAUACAGAACGUCGUGGACGGAUGCAACUUGCCAUAAAUUGCGUUGCCAAUAAACUAUCAAUAGAAGUUAAACAAGGCCGUAAUCUCAUUCCAAUGGAUCCCAAUGGUCUCAGUGAUCCAUACGUGAAGAUAAAAUUGAUUCCAGACUCGGAUGGUGUGAAGAGAAAAACGAAGACGAUCAAAGCAACAUUGAAUCCCGUAUGGAAUGAAACGCUGACGUUUGAUUUGAAGCCAGAGGAUAAGGAUCGGCGAAUUUUGAUAGAGGUUUGGGAUUGGGAUCGAACAUCCCGCAACGACUUUAUGUUUUUGACUAAGAAUCCUCAAAAACGCUUGGGAUGUGGAUCAAUUGGCGAAGAUGAUGUCAGAAAUCACAGCUUCUUCCGUCGUAUCGAUUGGGAGAAGAUUGAAAAUCGAGAGGUGCAGCCACCUUUCAAGCCAAAAAUUAAACAUCGUAAGGACGUGUCAAACUUUGAUCGUCAGUUUACAUCGGAGAAAACGGAUUUAACGCCAACCGAUAAACUUUUUAUGAUGAACUUGGACCAAACCGAAUUCACAGGCUUCUCCUACUUGAACCCAGAAUUUGUUCAACACAUCUAAACGAUUCUAUCAUUUCAUGACUUCAUUCAGUCAUCUUCUUAAUUAAGAUACAAAGUCAAACUCAUCUACUUACUCUAACAUUCAACUUGAAGAAAGUUUUCAUUCUUUUAAGAAUUAUAAUUAUGUUUUCUCUAGGCUAGAAUUUUAUGAAUAUUAAUGAUUCAAAAGAAAAAAAAGUGAAAUACUGUUAAAUUCUUCAACUAUAUAUGAAUCUCCUUAUUCUAUAUGUGAUUAAAAAAACUUUAGAAAAGAAAAUUUGGAACCAAGAC